AUGACGAAGACUUGUGAUAAUGACCAAGAUCACCCCAUUAAAUUAGUAAGAUCACUUGGUGUUAAGGUAAUCCUACUUUCUUAUUCUCUAGGAUUUCAUCUCGAAAGGCUUAAGCUCAUGUAUCAAAUCAUAUUUGGAGGACUUGGUAGCAGUCUCUUGGAAUGGGGUGGAGAGGAAGAAAAAGAUACGAGUGAUCUCUACAACUCCAAGAAGAAGGAAUUGGAUUAUGCAAAAGCAGAUUAUUGUGUCUGUUCAACAAAGCUGCAGGCUGACCAUUUUGUAGUGAUGUGGGCAAACCAGCAGGAAUUGACAGCCUUACAUGAAAAGCUUCUAAUUGCGCUAUCAUGUCAGCUGCAUCUCUGGAAGACUAUAUAUCAGCAUAGGAAAAGGGAAGGUUUUGCCAUGGAUGAACACAAGUCAGUUGGAGCAGCAUGUAUGGCCGAAGCCUCUAAUCAAUGA